AGAAGAUCCCCCCCAGUGGAUACCCCCUAAUCCUGCCUCACCCCUCUUCAUCCCUGCCCCAUCCCUGUGCCCGGACCGCUCACUGUCUGCAGCCCCCGGCUUCAGCCUCAGCCUCAUCCUCGCCUCAUACCGACUGAGCUAAGAACAACAAUGUCCACCAGCGAGCGCUUCGACUGCCAUUACUGCAAAGACUCCCUGCUGGGGAAGAAGUACAUAAUGAAAGAGGACACGCAGUACUGCACUAAGUGCUAUGAGAACCUGUUUGCCAACUGCUGUGAGGGCUGCUCUUCACCAAUUGGCUGCAACUCCAAGGAUUUGUCCUACAAGGAUCGCCACUGGCACGAGCAGUGUUUCAAGUGUGCAAAGUGCAGCCGCUCUCUGGUGGAGAAGGCCUUCGCAGCCAAGGAUGAUUUGUUGCUCUGCACCGAAUGCCACGCUAAUGAUUAUUCCUCCAAGUGCAGCACAUGCAAGAAAACCGUCAUGCCGGGUUCCCGCAAAAUGGAAUACAAGGGGAACAGCUGGCAUGAGACCUGCUUCCUGUGCCACCGCUGCCAGCAGCCAAUAGGAACCAAGUCCUUCAUCCCAAAAGACACCGGCUACUUCUGCGUGCCCUGCUUCGAGAAGCAGUUUGCCUACCAGUGCUGCGCUUGUAAGAAGGCCAUCACAACAGGCGGAGUGACCUACCAAGACAAGCCCUGGCACCGCGAGUGUUUCCUAUGCAUCAGCUGCAGAAAGCAGCUGUCGGGUCAGCGCUUCACCUCCAGGGAAAACUACCCUUACUGCCUCGAAUGCUUCAGCAACCUGUAUGCAAAGAAGUGCGUGGGCUGCACCAAGCCCAUCACCAGUCUGGCAGGAGCCAAGUACAUCUCCUUUGAGGAGCGCCAGUGGCACAGCGAGUGUUUCACCUGCAUGCAGUGCUCCGUGUCCCUGGUGGGACGCGGCUUCCUCACCCAGCGCGACAACAUCUUGUGCACCGACUGCGGCAGGGAGAAGUGACCUUUCCACGGAGGGGUCACAGCUGCAGCGAGAGCUCAUACUCUGACACAGAUGCUGCGCUUCAAUUAAUAUUUCUUCUUCGCAAAAUGUCUGAAUGUCAGAUGCUUACGUCUGUGUUAUAAAUGACCAUUAGUUCUCUCACAUGGCCCACAAAACACACACACAGCAACAGUGAUGUUUGCAUAAAGAUAUGCAUGCAUUUUUGAAGUGAGGGCAUGACGGUCCCAUUGUUAAUGAAUACUUAGUUUGUUUUUCUGACAUGAAAAUGCUUUUUCUCUUCACGUACUUUCAUUAUUGACAAGAAAAAAAUUGUGUUGCAAACAUGUUUGGUGUGGUGAAUGGUGAUAGACGAACGUUUGUCAACGUCAUAUAAAGGAUAAUCUUUCAACUAGAGCUAUUCUCAGUUUGUCAUAAAACUAAAGAAGUGUAAGACUGUGAAAAUACAUGAUUAGA